GAUCUGACAGAUGCUGCUGAUUAUUGAUCUGUAAAAUAUUUGGCUCUAAUACUAUCUGUGUUGACCUGAAAACCUUCAUGAAUGUUCAGCUCAUAUUUGCUGAUUAAAUGUCAUGCUGUAGAUGAUUGGCUCAUCUCUGAUAAGGAAACUAAUGAAUAUUUCCUGGCCAGAACAUGAGAUCUUUAAUAAUCCAUUCAGGGAAGCUGUCACUUCAACAGAAUGCCACUUAUUGAACAUGAAGGAAUGAAUUGAUCACUGAUCAAUUUUUUUAAAGUCCACAGAGAUUGAUGAAGCAGGAAGAGCAGUUUGGGAUCAGAUCCAGAUCAGAUGUUUGUGUGUCUCGGUGUUCUGGACUGAUAUUGAACAUGUGGAGCUGAGAUUCAUUUACAGAACAGAGAUGAAAACAUUUGAAAGCUUCUUCUCUUCAAAGUUCAGCUUUAGAUCCAGAAAUGUAAAAGUCCAGCAGCUCAACACUGACAGGAGACAUUACUGUGAAGCAGCACAUGGACAAAACAAUCCCAGCAGCAUCAAGACUCUGAUCAUCUCCAACAGCUUCCUGUGUUUCUGUCCCCUGUUAGCUGCUGCUCUCAUCUGCUUCUGUCAAUAAAGUUAUUCAAACUGCUGCUGCUGUCUGUGCAGCUCAUGUUCUGCUUUGUUGUCCUCUCAGUCUGUCAGGUGGAGGUGGAGGAGGGGGCGGAGUCUGUCCUGCUGCCCUGCAAGACCACAGAGAACCUGCCUGAGGAUGUGUUAGUGAUGUGGAGACACUAUGAUCCCUAUGAGACGGUCCACGUGUAUCAGAACGGCUCUGACCAGCCUGACCAACAGAACCAGGUUUACAGAGACCGAACAGAGAUGAAGGAAGACCUGCUGAGAACUGGAGACCUCAGUCUGACCCUGAAAUCCCCCACAGACAGAGACGGAGGACGAUACAGGUGCAUCGUCACCAGCAGAAACAUCCGGAGAGUGAAAUCAGUUGAUCUCAGGGUCAAAGAGAGAAGCAGGAACAGAAGCAGCUCCACUGAUCCAACUCCUCUGAUGGCCGAUCAACCUGUUUGAUCUUUGAUCAUUGAUCCGAUCUGACUCUGGAUCAGAGAGAAAAUGGAGGUGAAGCAGCUGAUGGAGGACGGAUGAAGACAGGAGGACGCUUUGUCAGCUUCUUUUUCACUCUGACUCCUACACCUAGGCAAUUUCUCAAUCUCCGUUCUUGUGGACUUUUGAAUCGUCAUAAGUCGCAACCAAAGUACUGUUCCAAAGCCCCUGAAGCUCCUUUAGCUCCAGAUGA